AAUACAAAGCCAAAAAAAUUACCUUUAACAAUUCUUUUAUGUGUCACAAACCUAACAAAUAGCAGAAUAUGGUUCCAAAAAAAAAGUCACAUAAAAAGAAAGAAAAUGUCAAAGUUCAAACCACCACCCUAAAAGUUUGAUGUUGUUCCUGGAGGAAUGGCAGAAUAACAGCCUAAUUUGCCAUGCAUGCAUAAAUAAGAAGAAAAUAAUUACUCAACUCAGCUCCUAUUUAGCCUAAUUAACAGAUUAUGUUAAUUUUCAUUUAAUCAACAUUAUAUUUCAUUAGACAUUUAGACUAAAAAUAGGCUGAGGAAAAUAUAAUGACAAUAUUAGAAUGCAAUUAUUUAGUUAAUGGGGAUGAACAAGAUCAAGUUAAUCCCACACAAAUGGAGGAUCACCAAGAUAUAUCCCAAGUUCAGUCGUCAUCACUCCUGCGCCAUAUGAAGAUCUCUAAUGAAUUUGUCGCGAUAAAAGAUUCAAUGGAGAUCUCUCCUCUUCCUGGAAAUACCAUUGAGCUUCAGCAUUCUUACAAUACCGAGUUACAGCCACAGGUUGGAGAAUUUAGCCAAGGAAUGAAAGCUACCGAUCUUCUAAUGUCUGUUUCUCUGUCCGCGGACAAUAACAAGCACAAAAUCAAGGAGCUGGUUGAGAAUGCAAUGGAUGAAGUAACAAAAAUGUUUACAGAAGGAGAUCCUCUGUGGCAACAUGAUUUGGAUAAAGGAAUAGAGGUUCUAAACAUGGUUGAGUAUCAAAGGAUAUUUCACUCCAACUUAGACACCACAUUAGAAGAUAUUAUCAGGAUGAUAGCGGUUGAUGCUCCCUUAGACAAUUACCUCCCUGACUUAAACGGAAUUAUUAUUGCCAGUAACAAUAGCAAUCUAUUAACAGGAGAAGACAUGGUCAACCAGGGACAAAUCAUCAAAUCAUCGAAUAACGUUCACCAUGGUUCACGAGAAGUUGGUUAUUUACCCAUGCCUGCAAUAAGCAUCGUUGAAAUCUUAAUGGAUGUGAGACUUUGGUCAUUUGUGUUUUCUGAAAUGCUGUCAAGGGCUACAGUACUCGGAAUUGUAUCACCAGGAAUCUAUGAUGGAGCUCUGCAAAUGAUGGCAGCUGAAUACCAUGCACCAUCUCCUCUUCUUGCAACAAGGCAGAGUUGCUUCGCAAGAUACUGCAAAGAGUUAUCCUCCAAUACUUGGGCAAUUGUCGACAUUUCUUUAGAAAGUUUGAUCAACAAUCCUCUGAUGAACUGCAGAAGGAGACCCUCUGGCUGCUUAAUUCAAGGCUUACCUGAUGGAAACACUCAGGUGACUUGGAUUGAGCACACAGAGGUGGAAAUCGAAUCAGUUCAUCCUUUAUUCAAGUCAUUAGUUAGCUCCGGAAUUGUUUUUAGUGCCAAAAAAUGGGUUGAUACACUAGCGCGACAGUGUCAAUACCUUGACAGUUUAACACAACAUAGCCUUGAUGCCCUUACUAAAGAAGUUGGCCCAUUUCGCAUAGAGGGAAUGCUAAGGCUAGCAGAGAGGAUGAGAAGAGAGUUCUAUGGCGCUACAAGUGGUACUAAAGGAAAUGGUUACAAGCCUAUAUCGAUCAAAGGAGGAGACUGCAUUUUAAUCAAAACGCUAAACAGUGAUGAUCAAAGCCCAGCCUUAUUGACUGUAACUACAUCCUCUUGGUUUCCCUUCUCGGCUAACAAAGUUUUCAGUUUCCUGGGCAAUGACAGAAACCGAACCAAGUGGGAUGCACUUGCUCUCGACCGUUCUCCUGAGGAAGUUUUCCAUAUCCACAGUGGUCAAGGUCAAGAAGAUAUUGUAUCUAUUACUAAAAUGGUGGACGAAAAGGGGAGAAUUGACACCUUUUUUCUACAAGAAAAGCAUGAAAACGCAGUAGCCUCAUACGUGAUGUUUUCACCCAUAACUUAUGACUCUCUUUCUUCACUAUCAUCGAACAACCAUGGAAACGUCGAUGAAAUUCCUCUUAUGCCUUCUGGGUUCGCCAUACUUUCUAACAAGGAUCAUCCUAAUCAAGAAGAAGAGAAUGAAGGAAGCAUAGUGACUGUUUUGUUUCAGGUUUUAGAUAAAUCAUCAAAGGCACAAGAUAUCCCUAAAAGAUCAAUACGUAAGCUGUAUAAUCUCGUUAAUAACACCCUUUCUUCGAUCAGGGCUGCAUUAUUCGAGGCCCCUGAUGCAAUUACAUAUCAGGACGGCGUUGAACAAGGAUGUAUGUGUGUACAGAGAAAGCUCGAAAAGAUCAAACAAGGAAAUGAAGCUAGCUUAGCAACAACAUCACUGACAUUUGAUCAAGAAAGAUCGAGUACCACUACUCAAUUUUCGUGUAGAACAAGAGUCGUAAAAGAUCUCACAACUUAGUAGUUACUUCCUUCGUCCCAUAAUUAUAAUCCCGUUUAACAAAAAAUACGGGUUUUAAGAAAAGAAAAGUAGAAUAAAAUACAAAUUAUGAUUGAGUUGGAUAGAAAAGUGGAAUAUAGUAUUUAAGGACCUUAAUAAUCAAAAUUAGAAACAAGAGUCGUGAAAGAUCUCACAA